AUGAUUGUGCAGAUUUACAAGAAGAACGAACGAGGUGAAACGGCAUUGCAUGUUGCUGCGCGUCGUGGUGAAUAUAAACAAUGUAAGAAAUUAUUACAAGAUGGUGCAAUGAUAAAUGCUAAAGAUUAUGCUGGUUGGACACCGUUGCAUGAGGCUUGUUCUCGUGCAAAUUUUAAGGUUGCAAAACUUCUGAUAAGCUCGGGAGCUGAUGUGAACGCAUUAUCCGACAGUGCUGAUACUCCAUUGCAUGACGCUGCUUCGAGCGGCUCAGAUAAGCUUGUUUGGUUAUUGCUGCGUUCAGGUGCCUGUCGCAAUUGCUUAAACAAUUCUGGUAAACGCCCAGUUGAUUUAUGUUCGGUGCAGUGUGUUGCGAUUCGCUCUUUACUCGAAUCUUCAGUGAUUCCUGAAUCAUAUUCGGCGACGGAGGACUCGAUUCAGCUAAGUCCUCGUUCGCAAAUCUCUGUAAUGUAUAAUGUUGAUUUGCCGCAUCUGCCUGAAGCACAGCAUUGUUCGAUAGCCUCUUGCUCAAGGGAUAUUGAAUCGUCGAAUUAUUCAGAAGCUCGCUCUUUAGCAGUCCCUGCGAACGACGAAGUUCAUUCUUUCUCAAGUGUAGAAAUAAGCCCAAUUAAAGCUUCUGACAAGACAGUCUCUAUGGAUGAGAAUUCCAGUCCUUCCAUGAGUUCUGCAGUAGAUUCAAGUUCAAUCGCAUCAUCAGCUGCUAUCUUUAAAAAGGAAGUAGAGCCAUCAAAAAGUGAUAAUGGUGGAGCAGAUUUGACCAAAUCGGAAUCUGGCGUUAUGGUUAACAAUGAAACUUUGAUUACGGCAGCAGAUCAAGCAAAAUGUAGUGGUGAAGCAGCAUUGUCUGAAAAUGAUUUUGCACUUGAUUUUGAUGAUUUGUCGUUGGAUUUACCAUUUUCGAAUCGUGAUACUUUUGAUGCAGAAACAAGGCGAAUAGGACGUCCCAGAGGUUUCCUUCGUCGCGAUCAUUAUUCGGCCCAACAGAAGCAUCAAAAGUCGGCUGUUGGUGCUGGCGAGAAACGAAAACCAAGAGGAAGACGGCGUGGUCGUGGUGGAAAUGUGCAAACUUCAGGUGUUAAUUUUUCAUCAACUUACCAACCAAAUGUUGAAGAUGUUUAUGAAUUUCGGAGCAGUCCGGAAUCUGAUAUAAAUUUAAAUAAGAUAAAUACCGAUAUGGAUCAGGAAAUGGCUGAUUCACCUUCUUUACCAAAACGCCGAUGUGUUGGUCUUCCAGAUAAUGAAACUUCCCAACAACAAAAAGAAGAAGAUAGCACGAAUUUAGACAGUGAAUUUGGUAAAAAUGAAGGGUGCGUUUCAAAUGAACAAAUUGAUGGGAAAAAUGAAUCACCGACGGGACGCAAAGUGCCUCCUCUCAGAAUAUCAUUGCCGCGAACUCCGAGUGAAGACAGUCAAGCUGCUACGCUCACUGAUGAAGGGCCUUCAUCAGUUGCUGGAUCUGGACGAAGAAAUGGGCGAAUAAAUAAAGGGCAAAUCAAAAAAUAUAAUAAUGAAGAACUUGUUGGAAAAGAUACUGAAGGGAUACAAAGAAUCACCAGGAGCAAAUUUCGGCAAAAGAGUCGACAGGUACGUGAAAUGUAUGGUUCAUAUGAAGAUGUUAGCAAACGUAAAAAUAUUUCAUGGCGGAAAUUGCAGCCACCUACUCCUAAUAUUGAUGAUAAUUCAACAAAUGAUGACCCAGUAACCAUUGGUCAGUCAGAGAUAAAUGAUAUGAAUGAAGCUGAAAUGGAGGGACAAACUGAAGCAACUAGUACAGAUGAAUCAGUCACAGUUCCAUUAAUUUUGAUGCAAAAAAAUGCAUAUGAUGGAUAUCGUAGUCUUCGAUCAUUGAUUGAGCAGCGAUGGAUUGACGCAAUGUCGGUACCUAGUGCGUCACCCGAACUGCCAAAGAAUUAUGAUAAAUACAUGAUAGCACAAAGUAAUAUUGAAGAAGCGGUUGUGCAGGGGGCACCAAAUUCGGAGGAAAAUGAAAUUAUCAACAGAUUAACUGGGAAAUUACGCGAUCUCCGUUCUGCUCAGCUCGUUGCCCGUCAAGAUUUGGAAGAAUAUCAUAAGGUUGAAAGAGAAAGGUUACAAAUGCAAGCUGAAGGAGAAAUUAUAAAAAUGCGAACACGUAGAGCAAAUAUUGGUCACGAACCACUUACUGUAGUUCAAAUGUUAUGUGAAAGUUCAAUUUAUAAUCCUUGGUACCUUGAUACGAAACGAGAACCUCCAGCGAUUCUUGAAGAUUCAGCUGUACAAGAAAAAUUUCAAAAAUUGGCUGAUUUAAUGCAAAAACGUCAACGAAUGGAAUCAAUGGCUCUUCAUUCUGAACAACUUCACGCUUGGAAUGCAGCGAUUGAUCGUCAUGGCGAUUCAUCGCAUAUAUCUCUAAAGAACAACAUUCCUCAAGUGGAAUUCAUUAAUUAA